GGAAAAAGACCCAGUUUUGUUCCGGCGUCAGCACGUAUUCUUCAACAAGUCCUUUCACAUUCGCCCGUCGUUUUACCCCGCGAAUGAGUGACUCCUCUGCCCCCCCACCUAGCUUCAUAAGGUCCGAAUCUGGGCCCCUCCUCGAAUGUUGCCUCUUCCACCCGGACGGAGCAAGUGAACCUGUGGUACUGAAACAUGAGAGCUUUUUUCUUCGGUCGCCGAUCGUUGAACUCGACGACUACCUAUUUGCCGCAACUCCGACCCCUCGCAAUUCAUUAGUUCCCGCCCCUCCCGACGCGAUCCUAACUCAACGCAUCGAGGCGAGGUACGCGCAAAAUGCCCAGUCGAUUGCGUUUCUGUCACAGCUGCUGCUGUUGUUGCACCCAGUAGAAAAGAGAGCUGAUAAACUAUGUCCAGAGUGGGCAGCUAGCUUCUUGUCUCACAAAGAGAGAGGGGCUAAAACUGGCGGCCGCCUGUAGCAUGCGCUGCCGACCAUGAGCUCGACGUCAUCCGUUUCGAACAAGGCCCUCCCGGGUCCUCCAACAUUUAAUCACUUGCCAGGACCCUCCCAACCCAUCGCAACUGGAAGCUUCGACCCCAGUCGCCGCCAGAAUUCGAGCCAGAGCCCUUCACAACCGUUGGGUAACCCACGAAAAGGGCAGGCGUCGAGGAGGCAACAUCGAAACCAGAAACGAGCAGGUCCAAUGGGGGGCAGGGACACCGGCAAUGCCGACCAAGACGAUGCCAUGGCCGAGAUUAGAGCUGUGCGGAACGCUUCGAGUCGUCGUGGGCAGACCUCAAUCACGCACUUGCUAAACUAUUCAUUGCCGCCACGUCACAUCUACGACAGCCACCACACGCUCUCUUCGCGCUCGUAUCGUCGAAACCCUAGCUGGGGCCUGGGCUCUGGAUACCAUGCCAUUGACAAGGCUCGCUAUGUCCAUGCGAACUACCGCUUCGUCGUGUCUCCGGUUGGGAACUACGCCGCUCAGGCCGUAGAUGCCGACGAACAUCUUGACUGGCCGGAUGUUCUCCAAAUUAUCGCCUCGGCCGAGUCCCAGCAGACUUCGUGCCCCAUCUGCCUCUCGGAGCCUGUCGCACCGCGCAUGGCAAAGUGCGGGCAUAUAUUCUGCCUGCCCUGUCUGAUACGCUUUAUGAAUACCAGUCCCCAAGGUGACGGCCAAGCUGCAGAGAAAAGGCUACGAUGGCGGAAAUGCCCGAUUUGCGAAGAUGCCGUGUACAUAUCCGAUGUGCGACCGGUGAAAUUCUACGCUAGCCAGGAAAGCCCGCUACCUAGACCAGGUGACGAUGUUGUCCUUCGGCUUAUGUCGCGGAAUUCUAAGAGCACUAUGGCGCUCCCAGAAGAGAGUGCUUCAGAUAUUCUGCAUUCAUCGCAUGACGGAAUCCCCUGGCAUUUUGCCGCCAAUGUAUUGGAUUAUGCGAGAAUCAUGAGGGGCACGGGCGAUUACAUGGCGGAGGAGUUCGAUCGAGAGGUUGAGGACUUAUUGAGGCAGGAGAAAGAGGACGAGCUCCUAUUUCACGAAGAUAACGAAUGGACGCAGAAGGCCAUCAGGACUGUUACCGCAGCCAAAGAGAAGAUGGCGGGUCUGGGCGAUGCAGAGAUGGCGGCCUUUGCGCGAACUGCUGGAUCUAGUGAGAUUAAGCAGGGGUCGGGCGAGUUCUUUUUCUACUCCUCUCCACCUCACCUGUACCUCUCGCCACUCGACAUUCGCAUCUUAAAAACCAGAUACGGGUCGUUUUCCGCAUUUCCCUCGACCCUCCUUCCUAGAGUGGAACACAUCUCGACCGGCCACGUAGUGGAUGACGAUCUCCGGAAGCGUGCUAAAUAUCUGGGGCAUAUACCUUUCGGAUGUCUGAUCAGCUUCCUCGAAUGCGACUGGACCGACAUUGUACCUGCCGAGAUUCUUGUACCGUUUGCAGAGGAGAUCGAGCGUCGACGCAGACGCAACAAGGACAAGGCAGCUCAAGAAGAGCGAGAACGAUUACAAGCGGAGAAACUUGAGGCUGCCGCGAUUCGCGGGCAUCGGCGCAUUCCCACUUUAGAGGAGGAAGUCACGGUGCGCUCCGGCAGCUCAGCACCGGGCGAUCACCCUGUGGAUAUGAAUGACUUUCUGCCCCUCGGGGCUGAAGGCUCAACGCCACCCAACCAACGGGCGGGAUUCGGUUCCCUUUCUGAAGUCAGUACCAGUCCUUCGGGCCCCAGGACCGUCUGGGGAACGCCCGCGAUCCAUACGUCUCCAGGGAGUCAGCCUAGCCAAGCUCCUGCCGCAACCGAUGAUGGGUGGCUCAAGGACAACGAUGUUCUCGACACCCUUGACUCGACAGAAAUCGCCAUACAGAUGGAGGCGAUGAAUGUCGAACCCGGUCCCAGUGGCGGAAGUGCAGCUGGUGGGCUUGGCGGAGGGAGCAAGAAGAAGAAGCAGAAGAAGAUCACACUGAUGAGCACUGGGGGUCGCCGAGGUAUCUGAAAGAGAGAUUCUCGUUGCAGACAGAGACUUGAUGAGAAUAGGCCUAGAUAUUGCCGCUGUCGUAGCUUGCGCCGAGACUUUGAAGUCUGGCUGCUAAAGGUUAACUCGAUUCUAGUGGUUUCAAAGACGAAAACAUGCUUCGGGUAUAAAUAUACAGUCAUGAAUCCAAGUGAUGGAUUCGGAGGCACGAUUCGUGUGCGCCUAAGCAUGAAUGAAAAUCAACAAGAAUCAUGACCGUCUUUCGGAUAUUCUGUGACUAUCUAUACCAUUUCAUAUUUUAUGCCAGUCGGGCCCCCUUUAUUUACUUUGAUAGAGAGCCUGAGCUAAUCAGGUGCUAUGGUAUUUUCCUACCCAGUG